CUAUACACACCACCCUGCUCGUUCCUUGACUUAUCGUUCAAUGGACGGAGUGCAAGGAGGCGAUUCCAUGGCGCCGGCGCGGAGCCGCCUGGAAAUCACUCCGGCGGACGGCGAUAGAUCCAACUCCGCCGCCGGCAAUCCAAUCUUCUCAGGCAGUCCGGUAAUGAAGGGGGCGCUCGAGAAUCCCGGAAGAUGCGCAUAUCCGAGAUGCGACGGCAGACCCCAAUGUGCACACCGGAUUAAUAACGCCUCCGGCUACAUUGAGGGGCGCUAAUUCAUGUGCUUACGGCCCUGUUUGUAAUCCACAUGUACCUGCUCCUGAUUCUGAAAACCUCAUAGUUGUGCCUGGAUGGAAGAACAGUUUGUUCCAUGCUGCAACAGGCAAGUGCUCGGCGCAUAUAUUGAACAUGUGCAAUCCGUUGUGGCCAGAGAGAAUAAGCCCGUGGGUGCGCCAAUCUUUGUAACCAGAGAACAACUGGAGUAUGAAGUCAUGAUCGAUCAUGGGGCUAUUCGGACCAGGAUUCAUGGACCUGGCUGGCAGAGGUUUCUUGACGAGUACGCAGUGCGGCCUGGUGACAUGGUGUAUAUAUGCCUUACUCGCGGUGAUGGAAGAUUUUUCGUGGAAGUUGAGAUGGGUGGCAUAAGGCAAACCCCACUUCCUUAUAUCGCUCUGAAUGGCUUAUCCCUUGUGCAUCGCGAGCUCGUCGACCAGUGUGUGUACACUAGGGGGAUACGGUUGGAAUUUCCAGAGAUGAGAAAGAUGAUCAGACGUGCUUUCACCCCCUUGGAAGAUAUAUGUUGCAUCUUUGUACACAAGAUGACUGGUGUUGACAUUAGAGGUGGCUACAUGAGGCUUCCGAAGAAGGCUGUUGAUCUUAUUGAAAGCAAAACGGGCCAUAUGGAUAAUUCAGGGAGUAUUCUGCUGCAUGACGAUACAGGAGCCCUUGUAGCGGCUUCAUUCAAAAAGGCAAACGAUGGAAGACUCGUCAUACAAGGAGGUUUUCCGAAGUGUGUCGGUCAGCUUGAACUGAAGGAAAAUGAUCUUGUUGUCAUCACGUUCCACAGGCGUGGCAUGGACUAUUUAUACAUAGACAUAGAUGCCAUGUUGAACUUGGGAGCAGCUCAUAUAUGCUUGCUCUUUUGUGUACUUCGUCAUGGAUCGGAUUUGUAGCACUUUCGGUG